AUGGGUGACGGGGUCUUACGUGCGGUGAGUGCUACCACAGAACUGAAAGCCGCCAUGCUCAUUUGCGAUACUUGUCAUUCGCGUAAGGUUCGUUGCGACAGACGCGCUCAAUGUGCCAAUUGCGUGGAUGCAGGCAUCGAGUGCCUGCGACUUCGUCCUGAGCGGCCAAGUCGGCCUCAGAAGCCUGCCAUUAUCUGCUCGUUAGGCGAGAGACUUUUGCGACUGGAGAAGGCAGUCACGGUACCGCACAUGACUCGGAAAAGAAGUCCAACGAGUGAAAGUUGGCAUGUUGACCUGAAUGACUCUUCGACCAAGAAAAGGAAGUCUGAGCAUAGCACCCCUGGCUCCGGAAUGUCGAAGUCGCCUCCCAGGCAGAGAUGUGAAAUGGCUUCUGACGAGACUACUCACCACGCUGAGCAAGCUCGAGUCAUCAUCCAAACUGAGCUUGACGGUAAUGGGGGAUUCAAUCGCGAGCGCCAGAUGAUCCUCAAAUCAGCCUUGCAAUUUGUGAACUCCCUAGCCCACCAAGCUAACGCAGUGCCAGAGGAGGCUUUGAGUCACGAUGCACUAUGUGAUCAAGAUACAGAUAGUCCAAGAUCAUGCAAGCCAACGUCGGAGCUUUUACUUAUGCUUCUGCGAGAAUACAGUGGCUCUGCGGGAGCUUCAGGGAAUUUGCACUGGCCUGACCAUAUUUCGGCUAAGAGCUUGAGGAAAAUUGCCAGCAAGUUCCUCAGUGGCGAUCUUGUCGGGCAGGAGUUCUACCAAUACUCCGUUUGCAUACACGUGAGGGCCAUCCUCCACACCCUGCAUAUGCCCCGAGUCUAUCAAGAUCCGAUCAUCAAUGAGCAUUUGCUUCAACUGAAGAAAGAGUACACCGCUUCUGCGAUGGAAGCGCUCCGAAAUCUGAAUUUCUUGAAUGGCCCUAGUCUCCCUUUCAUUCAGGCCUUGGUAUCUGCAACUCUCCUGAUGCUUUUGUCUGGCAGGAUGAGCCAGGCAUGGGUGUUGAAUUCCUUCGCUGCUCGCUUGAUAUCCGCUCUAGGUUACCACGACACCCGCAGGCAGAAAUUCGACACGGAUCCAGACCGGGAUGAAGAGAUCAAGAGCUCAGUCUUCUGGUGUUUCUUUCUAGAUCGAACCCUUGGUUGCCUCCUUCAUCGAAGCUUGUCUCUACCUGAGCUGAACAGCCCCGCAAGUGACCUUGUCACUGAAGAUGGUUCAAAUGCUCACAUGCCUCUGGUUCGUGUUUUGGUGGAUCUCGCACAGGUUCAAGGUGAGCUUUCGGCAUGUAGCCAAAUGGCCGACAUUCGACAAAUCGUCAAUCAUCAUACAAGGUUGCAAGAAAACAUGGCAAUCAUCUUCUCGAGUUUACAAUCGAGUCGAAAUCUUGCACCCGACUUGAUCAGCCGGGAUUGGAUUGCCGUUGAGUUUUCGUAUUAUGCAAUUCUGGUUGAAAUUCUGCGGUCGAGGCUUCGAUAUGCCUUUUCACCUCUAUCGCACAAAGAAUGCCUUUGUUAUUCUCGCAAGGCGGUUAAGAUCAUGCAGUAUAUGCUCGAAGAUAUCACAAACGGCCCCGGUUUCAUGGACCCCUUUCCGUCCUGGCUGACGUGGACUUUACUUCUCUACCCCCUGAGUCCAUUUUUCGUUCUAUUUUGCAACGUCAUUGGCGAAGUGAACACAGAGGACUAUCAGCUCCUCCAGGAUAUCAAUCAAAGCCUCUCGCACUUUACCUCCAGCCCUCACAUAGCAGAGCUUGUCAACCUUCUGCAGACACUCCAGGGCAUGUGUACGCCUUUGAUUCAGAGCCGACAGAGCCUGGGCCCUGGAGCCAAAAUCUCUCCUUGGUAUCCUGUCACCCAUGAGAAUCUGUUCACAGACACAGAGGGGGGUGCUGAAGUUUCGGUGCAUGGAAGUUCUUACGCCACGCCAUCUUUAUCCGCAGACCAGAUGCUGACCACCAGCACUGGUAUUCCGCCGGUGACUGACGAUCUGAUGUGGCAUCUGUUCAACAGUCAGCCUUCCCUACAAUGGGGAGACCCAGAUAUCAUAGCUUCAGACCCAGCCAUCCCCUUCUAG